CCCGUUUUCAAGUUUUACCGCCAUUUCCACUGAGCGCUCCGUCUUCUCCCUUCCCAUGAGAGACUGAAAGCUCACAAACCCUCGUGCAGGGGAUCCUCCGGAGCAUCCAUGGCUUCCUCUGGGCCUCACGUCAUCAUCGGCGACACCGACGACGAUGACUUUGAUUGGGAUGCAGCUGUCAGAGCAAUUGACAUGGCGUGCCAGAGUUCAGGGCCUUCUACUUCUACUGCCCCAGCGGACCCGUUCCGGACGCCCUGCUUUGCCCCCUCAGAUGCCCUUUGUGGAGGCUUUGAUGCUCCAUUUGCAGCGGAUAAGAGAAAGAAUGGGGCUUCUCGGCAGUCAACUCUUGAUAAGUUCAUUGGGCGUGCCGGGCCGAGACUCGAAGUAGAGAAUCGGGCUGUUGCGGUUGAGGAUCGGGGUAGCUUCGACAGUAAUGGUGAAGUGAGCUGCGUCGAGAUUGAUGUGGAGGCAGCCAAAACUUGGAUAUAUCCAGUAAAUGUGCCUUUGAGAGACUAUCAGUUUUCCAUAACAAAGACUGCACUUUUCACGAACACGUUGGUGGCGUUGCCAACUGGGCUUGGGAAGACACUCAUUGCAGCAGUUGUGAUGAAUAAUUAUUUCCGAUGGUUUCCAGAAGGGAAAAUUGUCUUUACUGCACCUUCUCGACCCCUGGUUGUGCAACAAAUAGAAGCUUGCCAUAAUAUUGUGGGAAUACCCCAAGAAUUGACAAUUGAUAUGACUGGUCAAAUAAGUCCCACAAAAAGAGCAGACUUUUGGAAGACCAAACGAGUUUUCUUUGUCACUCCUCAAGUAUUUGAGAAAGAUAUUCAGUCAGGAACAUGUUUGGUGAAGUAUCUAGUCUGCUUGGUGAUUGAUGAGGCUCACCGAGCUCUGGGAAACUAUUCUUAUUGCGUGGCUGUUCGUGAGUUAAUGGCUAUACCAGUGCAACUACGAUUAUUGGCUUUGACUGCAACGCCAGGAUCAAAGCAGCAGGCCAUCCAGCAUGUAAUCAAUAAUUUACUCAUAUCAACACUUGAGUAUCGCAAUGAAAGCGAUCCUGAUGUCAGUCCAUAUGUUCACAACAGAAAAAUAGAAUUGAUUCAGGUAGCCAUGGGCGAAGAAGCUAUUCAGAUAAAUAAUUUGCUUCUCAAUGUUAUACGUAUUUAUGCGGCCAGGCUCAGUGCCAUGGGAAUUCUUCUGAACAGAGACUAUCAGACUUUGAGUCCAUCCGAUUUGCUUAAUUCAAGAGAUAAAUUUCGUCAAGCGCCUCCACCAGAACUUCCCUCUGUGAAAUACGGGGAAGUUGAACGGUUUUUUGGAGCUCUUAUCACACUUUAUCACGUGAGAAAACUACUUUCAAGUCAUGGGAUUAGGCCUGCAUAUGAGAUGCUAGAAGAAAAGUUGCAAAAAGGGUCUUUUGCAGGCUUAAUGAGCAGAAAUGAAGAUAUACAGAGGGCUAAAUUAUUGAUGCAGCAAAACUUGUCUCGUGGCACUCCCAACCCGAAACUAUCAAAAAUGUUAGAAGUACUUAUUGAUCAUUUCAAGAGUAAUGAUAAGCAAAGUUCACGGGUCAUAAUUUUCUCAAAUUUUAGAGGAAGUGUGAGGGACAUUAUGGAGGCAUUGUCGAAGGUUGGAGAUACAGUUAAAGCUGCUCAGUUUGUUGGUCAAAGUGCAGGAAAAUCACUGAGGGGUCAGUCGCAGAAGGUUCAACAAGCUGUUUUAGAGAAAUUUCGGUCUGGUGGAUAUAAUGUAAUUGUGGCCACCUCAAUUGGUGAAGAAGGUUUGGAUAUAAUGGAAGUUGAUCUAGUAAUCUGUUUUGAUGCCAAUGUGUCCCCCUUGAGAAUGGUGCAACGCAUGGGAAGAACUGGAAGGAAGCAUGAUGGACGAGUAGUAGUAUUAGCUUGUGAGGGGUCAGAGAUGAAGGGUUAUAUGCGCAAGCAAGCUAACAGCAAGGCUGUAAAGAAACAUAUGAGGAAUGGAGGGAUUGCUAGCUUCGAUUUCCACUCUAGUCCAAGAAUGAUUCCCCAUAUCUUCAAACCGGAGGUGCAAUUUGUUGAGCUGUCAAUUGAGAAGUUCGUUCCUCGUGGAAAGAAAGUGAAGGACGAUCAUGCCGAGACCCUCAAAUAUAGGGACAAACUAACUCCUGAUGAGGCCAAUUUGAUCGCCAAAUACUUUAAUAAUUCUGAAAGAGGAUGGAAGCCUUCUCUUAUUGCUUUUCCUCACUACCAGACAUUUCCAUCUAGAGUGCAUCAAGUCAUGCAUUCUUAUAGAACAGGAAUGUUGAUUGAUUCAAUGCAACAUUUGCAAGGACAUAUCUUUUCUAGAAAUAAAGACGAGGAAGAAUUCUCUUCGUUCCAGCAAUUGGGCGCUGAGCGGGUUGGGCAACAAAAAGAUGAUGGAGAAGGUUUCUUAAGAUCCAGUAAAUCUCCUGAUGCAAAUCCUGAAAGGUGUACAUUACGCUUUCAAGCAUCGCCUACAAGGACUGUAGGAACUGCUGAGAAGCAUGAGCAGCCUGAGCUUAACAAUGGAAAUCCUCCACCACACUCUUGUUUAUUUAGUUCAGAUUUUGUGACCGUUGAUGCCUGUGGGAAUGUCUCGAUCCUAUUAGUCCCUUCACUCCACAUUAUGGAAAUAUCUCGCACUAAGCAAAAUUCUACUACUACAGAGCAUCUGAGUUGUUCGAAGACUCAUUUUGACAAAUCUUGUCCUUCAAAUGAAAAAAUUAAAGUUCAAGCAACUCUACCGAAAGGUCCAGAACAAACUCUCCCACUGGAUAUGCCUCCAAAUACUGAGACUGGGCUGCAAUUUCAAUUGCACAGUUCUGAUUGGCAGCAAAAUGGAAUUGUGGAUACCAUUGAGAGAAGCAUGGGGAUAAAACUGACGGAUGAGAUUCUUCAAAAUGAAAUUGAUAGCCCUAGAGGCACCCCUGAUGUUAUGGAAGUUAAGGCCCCAUUACCUCAAGCAGACGACGACAUGGAGACAGCAUUGAGCCCCCGGCUGACCGACUAUUUUGAAAGUGGAGUUGUUCCAGAGUCUCCUGUAGGAGGAGCAUCAUGUGCUAAAGACAUAAGUGAGUUUCAUGAGAGAGAUAAUCUUGGCACACCCAAAAGAGCCAAAAUCAGUACCGGGAUUCUCUCCACCUCAAGAUCACCGAGUUCUGGGAAAUUUGAGAAAGUAGUAUCUGAUAGUUUUGAUAGUGGCGAAAAUAUUUCUGGUUCUCCUGCGAAUAACACAAAAGAUUCUUCCAUGAAUAAUGUGAAGGAUGUUAAUGAAAGAUGUACCCCUGGAACUCCAGCUAGUGAGAAGAUUCCACCAGAAACCACUGGAAGUGGUUGCUGUAGCAAAGAUUGGUGUUUCACUCCCAGUAACUGUUCAGGAAGCAUUAAACAGCAGCAGAAGUUAAAAAGGCUACGAAGAGUUGGAGAGGGUGACAGUCAUCUUUACACAAAAUGUCGAAAGAACUCCUUACCUUCGGUAGCAGAACAUCUUGCUGGGAUGGAGUCCAUCCAAAAUAAACGAAGUCGAGGGAAGAAGAACUGCUACAAGAAUGGCAAGGCCUAUAUUGACGAGGAAGCCGAGGUAUCGUCGGGGGCCGACACAUCUGAUGAAGAUGAGGAGGAUGCCGAGAAUGAUGAUUCUUAUGAUGAUAGCUUCAUAGAUGAUAGGAUCAACCCAACAGCAGGAAGCACUCAAGCUGCAACUGCUUCUGUUGACAUGAUAGCGGUUUACAGGCGUUCCCUGCUGAGCCAGUCACCAAUAGCAUGGCAGGCGAAUAAUACUAGCACUUCAAGUCCUGACUCUCUGGCUGUGGGCACCAGGAUGAGUGGAUCAGGCUGUUCUUCAGUGGUUCAUACCAAGUAUAGAGUCUCAGGAUCUUCCGAGUAUGCUGCCAAUGUCAUUCCCGAGACAGGGGAGGCAAGUAAAGUUGAGAGUCGGAAGAGGAAACUGGGGGUCCAUGAACAAGGGUCUCUACCCGUCGUCAACCUGGAGCGGGAGUUCUCGAUCCAUACAGAGUUCGUGAAAGAAGAAAAUGGUGGUGAUUGUGACCUCUUCUCUGAUGAUCAGUUCUACGAGAGUAUUGAUCUCGAUGAAGUGGAAGCACAAGCUACCUUGCUUCUCAAGCAUAAGACACAGUUUUCACGACAUGAGCAAGAGAACGUUCCUAGACAAGACAUUCAGAACUCAGGUUGUCCCAAUUCCCCGUCUUUCGAUCUCGGGAUAUGAUUGAAUAUAAGGUAUUCAAGUACAUAGGCCAAGCUAGUAGCUCCCCUCGAAACAGAAAUGGGGCUGCAAAUUUAAGUUAUCAUAGAUGUUUAUGUACAAUUAGUUUGUAAAAAGGAAAUUAGUGAAUAGUUUGUUGAGAGGAUAAAAUAAUGAUUAAUUCAAAAGAAAGGGGCAAAAAAAAUAAUAAUAAUGAGGGACUCAAACGCCUUAUUUGUGACA